AUGGACACUCUGAAAGACCCAGCGAAUGACAGACAUGUAAAGACUCUAAAGCCUCCUCCUCAUAGGCCAUUAAUGAAGAGUCUCAUGUUCCCAGACAAAUUGAAAAACAAACCUGAUUGGAAAUUGCUUAAGGAUCAUCUUUAGAAAGAAGGAAGAGUUUCUAAAGAAGACCUUUACAAGUUAGUUGGAGAUUGCAAUAAAUUAUUAAAGAAUGAAGGGAACGUAAUAUAUUUGCAAGAUCCACUUACAGUAGUAGGAGACAUUCAUGGAUAAUACUAUGAUUUGUUAAAACUCUUGGAGCCUAAGGUAGGAGGGAAUCCAGAGACAACUAAAUAUCUGUUUCUUGGAGACUUUGUUGAUAGGGGAUCUUAUUCUAUAGAAGUAAUAAUUCUGCUUUAUGCAAUAAAACUGAAUUAUCCAAAUACUGUAUAUUUUUUGAGGGGAAACCACGAAUGUAGAUAGCUGACAGCAUUCUUUAAUUUUAAAGAUGAAUGUCUUUACAAGUAUGAUUAAGAAACCUACGAUAUGUUGAUGGAUUCAUUUGAUUUGUUUCCUUUAGCUUGCAUAAUCAACUCAAAAUUUAUAGCAAUUCAUGGAGGAAUAUCUCCUGAUUUAAAAUCUUUAGAAGAUAUUAAGAAAUUGGAUCGCUAUCAUGAGCCACCUCGAAGCGGAUUGUUUUGUGAUCUAUUAUGGAGCGACCCAGUAGAUUAAGAUUAAGGAAAUAUGGAUGGUUAAUGGAAAGGAAAUGAGGUGAGAGGAUGCAGUUGGUUUUUUGGAAACGAUGCAGCUUCCAAAUUCUUACAGAAGAACAAUCUGAUAUCUAUCAUUCGUGCUCAUGAGGCUCAAUUAGAUGGAUAUAAAAUGCAUAGAUGGCAUGGAGGGAAAGAUUUUCCUGUUGUCAUUACUAUUUUCAGUGCACCUAAUUACUGUGAUGUUUACAAUAAUAAGGGUGCUGUAAUUAAAUUUGAAAAUAAUACUCUGAAUAUUUAAUAGUUUUAAUAUACACCUCAUCCAUAUUUAUUGCCAAACUUCAUGGAUAUAUUUACAUGGUCUAUUCCGUUUGUAGCCGAAAAAGUAACUGAAAUGCUUUACAAUUUGCUAUAAGUUGGAGAUCAAGUUGAUGAUGAGGAAGUUAAUGAGGAAGAUAUCAAGCAGUUUAAGGAAUUGACUUAAUAAAAUAAGUAAUUUGACAAGCAAAGCACCACUGGAUCCAAUAAUGCCAAAAAUACAGAAAAAUUGAAGAAGAAAAUCCUUUUUGUAGCUAAUAUGAUAAAAAUGCAAAAGACUUUGAGAGAAUAAAGCGAAAGCAUAAUUUAACUUAAAGGAGCAUGUCCUGAUAAAAGAUUGCCGAGAGGAGUUUUGACAGCUGGCAAAUCAGCUAUAAUGGAUGCUCUGGCUGACUUUAAUGUUGCUAAAAAUGCAGAUAUUGUCAAUGAAAAAAUGCCUACGAUGGCUUAAUCACCACAACAAUCGAUUUCGAUUAACAAAUCAACUAAUUCAACCACUUCUAAGACAAAGAAAAAGUGA